AUGGCCUCUUUUUGGUUAAAUGUAGCCCUCAUGAUGGCUCUCAUGGCCUCACCUCUUCUUUCCUUCAAUUCAAAAGCGUCAAGCAUCUCAGCUUCCCCAGCAUUCUUCACCAAUUCCCCUCCAUCUUCUAAUCUGCAAGGACUCGUACCUCCAGAAAUAGCUCCACUUUUGCCAUCUCCAGGUCCUGAGGUGCCUACCACUCCAACUGAUUCCUCCAUACCCACCAUUCCCUCCAACCCGAGCCCUCUGAAUCUCGACGACCCGCCUUACCCUGCACUUUCACCAUUUGGGUCAUUGCCAGCUUCUUCAGGAGCAUCUGCAGAUUUAGUUUGGACUCUAAAGGUUGCUACUUUUGCAUUUUCAGCUGCAUGUGUAUUGGUUCAUGCAGUUAGUUUCUUAGGGUGUAAGUAUUUGUUGUGGGAUACAUGA